AUGGAGCUGGCGCUCAGCAGCCCGUCAGGGCUGUCUGGCAUCUUGGCGAGGACGGACUGGUCCGAGCCCUGGCUGGUAGGGCUGGCGGUUUUCCACGUCCUCUGCUUCCUCCUGACGUGCGUCUCUUUCCAGCACUACCGGGUGCAAAUAGGGCACUUCCUCUGCAUGGUGGGCUUGGUGUACUGCGCUGAAUAUAUAAAUGAAUUAGCAGCCAUGAAUUGGAGGCUGUUUUCUAAAUACCAGUACUUUGAUUCAAGAGGAAUGUUUAUUUCACUUGUGUUUUCAGCACCACUGCUGGUGAAUACUAUUAUAAUUGUGAUCACCUGGGUUUACAGAACUUUGAAUGUAAUGACUCAACUGAAGAUGCUACAGCAGAGAAUAAAAGCAGAGAAAGAGAAAAAAAAGUGAAAGCACCUAACACUAUUUUUUUUAAAAUUGUAAUAGUACUUGUGAAGGUAACGAGUCCUUCAGUCUGUUUAUUCA